GUCUAAGAACUUUACUUUUACAACUUUCUACGCUCUACUAUGUAUCUACACUCUACCUAAACAUAGACACUUACACGGCAGAUUAAUUUCGACGACAGUGUCAAUAUUUCAUUACCUAUUUCUAUUCUUAGACUUGUCUCUCUUUUCCUUUUGCCAUUAUUUCAUCGGCGGGCUUAGAUUCAAAAUGACUCAAUUACCUAAGUACCUAACUGGCGAUUCUACCGCUCUUAAUGAGUUUCUCGAUAAAUUUGAUGUCUUCUUACUUGAUUGCGAUGGAGUCUUAUGGUCCGGUGACCAUCUCUUUGAGGGUAUCGUCGAAACUCUAGAGUUUCUGAGAUCUAAGGGGAAACGAAUUGUUUUCGUCACAAACAAUUCUACAAAAUCCCGGCCCGACUAUCAGAAGAAAUUAACGGCUUUGGGCAUCCCGAGCGACGUUGAGGAGAUCUUCGCUUCGGCUUACUCAUCAGCGAUCUAUAUUUCGCGCAUCUUGAAAUUGUCGGCGCCUAAGAACAAGGUGUUUGUUAUCGGCGAGAGUGGUAUUGAAUCUGAAUUACGCACCGAGGGUGUACCAUUUAUCGGCGGUACGGACCCGGCUUUAAGACGGGAUAUCACGCCCGAGGACUUUAACGGGCUGGCCGAUGGUUCACUACUAGAUCCGGAUGUCGGGAUUGUGCUCGCGGGAUUGGACUUUCACAUCAAUUAUCUUAAGCUAGCUAUGGGCUUCCAGUACAUCCGACGGGGCGCCAAGUUCCUCGCAACCAAUCUCGACAGCACGUUACCCAUGAACCAUACCUUCUUUCCCGGUGCCGGCUCCAUAUCCGUACCUCUGGUCAACAUGACGGGACAAACGCCUUUGGCCUUUGGAAAGCCGAGCCAGGCCAUGAUGGACGCCAUCGAAGGGAAGUUCAAGUUAGACCGAGCACGGACUUGCAUGGUCGGCGAUAGACUCAACACCGAUAUCCAGUUCGGUAUCGAGGGUGGCCUAGGAGGGACUCUAGCCGUACUAACUGGCGUGAGCAAAAAGGAGCACUGGGAGGCCGAGGAUGCUGUGGCCGUUCCGGCAUACUACGUUGACAAGCUAAGUGAUCUCCGUGGUGCGACGUCAUGAUAGAUGGCAUUCUUGUCUGUUGGUAUCAUAUCCCUUUCAAGAUUUGAUAUUCGUAUAGAUUCGGUGCUUAUUGCGACUAUCUAUAGGUACACUAUGGGUAACUAUAGAUAUAUAGAAAGUGUCUCUAUAGAUAAAAAAUUCCUUCGAUGAAAAUCAUUUUAAUUGUAUCACGCAACCCCGGAUAUAUAGAUACUCUUUAUUAUUUCGAAGGCUCCAUACCCGCCUGUCUCAUCAUGUAGCUCGCCAUCCCCAAAUAUCGGCACAAUGUUAUCGACAAAACACGCAAACCGAACCGA